AUGUCGCUCGGCAGACAGACAGUGAGACUGGGACGGACGCUAUUGCACACGCGCGUGCGCUUCUCCACUGCGUGCGUCGCCCGCGCCGCGCACGACUCGCCCCUCAAGGCGGACAACCAGAAGAACACGGGCGGGCUACCGUCCUACGGCCCCGUCGGCGUCGCCGCCGCCCUCGCAGAGCCCCCGUCGCCAACACCCGCCUCGACGCUCUUCGCGCACGAGUUCUCGCUCGCGGACCGCGUCGCGCUCGUCACGGGCGGGAACCGUGGGCUCGGGCUCGAGAUGGCGAUGGCUCUCGCCGAGGCGGGCGCACGGGCGGUGUACUGCGUCGACCUGCCAAAGGCACCGGGCGAGGAAUGGACCAAGGUGCGGGAGCACCUCGCCCGGAUGCAUGGCGGCGCGGCGCGGGGCCGACUAGAGUAUGUCAGCGGCGAUGUGCGGAACCAGGAGGAGAUGUGGAAGAUUGGCGAGAAAAUCGGUGACACCGAAGGGCGCAUGGAUGCGUGCGUCGCCGCUGCCGGAGUCCUCAAAGCAAACACGGAUUGCCUCGAGUACCCCGCGAAGCAGUUUCAGGAUGUGAUGGACGUGAACGUGAACGGGGUUUUGUUCGCGGCACAAGCCGCAGGGAGGCAGAUGGCGCGGUUUGGGAAUGGUGGAAGCAUUGUCUUGAUAGCGAGCAUGAGUGGAAGUAUCACAAAUAAGGACCAUGCGUGGGUGUCGUACAACACGUCCAAGUCUGCUGUCUUGCAGAUGACGCGCAGCAUGGCGUGUGAGCUGGGUCCAAAACGCAUCCGGGUGAACUCACUGAGCCCAGGACACAUCUACACAAGGCCGCCCCCGCCCCCCCGCAAGCCUCGCGACCGUGACCCGGCGCAGCCCACGGAUCUCGUCGACAAAAUCGUCGCCCUCCAGCGCAGGCAGGCCGCGGCCACAAAACCAAGAGACAGGCCCGACAGACCCCCCGCCGUCUCCCCCUCUCGCCCCCCUCGCCCCUCGUCGCCCCGUCGCCUCCACGCCCCGCCCCUCCCGAACCCAAACAUCGUCGUCUCUCAUCCCACCACAAUGGAGGCAGACCCAGAUGAUUUCUCUCGCCGUCUCAGAAUAUCUGCCAACUCCCCCCGCUCAUCCCACUCCAAACCUGUCCCCGGACCCUCCUCCGUUAGCCCCAAGAGGCUCUACAACCCCGAUGCCGACCACUCCCGCAGGCACAUCCUCACCGCAGAGCCCGACACAAUUUCCGAUGCCACCUCCAGCUCAUACGCACCCCGCGCCUCCGUCCCACAUGGCCCGCGUCCCCACCACCAUCCCCAGAUCUCCCAAUCGCGCGCUGCCGCCGAUUCCCACCGCCAGCUCUUUGACUAUCGCAAGGACGACCCCGUCCGCUUCUCCGUCCUCUCCCGCCCUCAUCCCUCGUCUGCCUCAGGCACGAACGGCUCGACUACCGCUCGACCAACCCCCACCCCCAAGUCCUCCGGCGAUUACGUUUCUGCGUCCUCCACAUCGUCCGCGUCAUACGCACAAUCAACCCUCUCCUCAAGUUUUACCCUCUCCUCCAACACCACCGACUCUUCCACCCCGUCUGCCCUCUUCGAGAACCCGAACGGCCAUGCACGACGCUCGGAGGACAGCGCCUCCAACACGAACGCUUUUUCGAUGCAACUCAAGAAACUCUAUCGCACGAUCAGUGCACUCGAGGCAAAAAUUCUCGGGGAGGACAGAGACAACGACCAGGAGGACGACGGCGACCGUGAGCCCCGAGUAGGUAUCCUACUCAAGGGCCGGCCCGGUAGCGCGACGGAGACCAAGGCUGGCGAGGAUGAAGCCGAGCGAUGGAGAAAACUGAUGACGGAUCACAAAGACCUUGCGGAGAUGAUGCAAAAACUCCUCACCAUGACACUCGCGCCGUCCGUUCCAGCCUCUCUGCGAAACAUCCCCACAAAGUACAACCUCAUCAUCCGCCUCUGGACUCAUGCGUUCCAUCGCCUACUUGAAUUACUGCGCCGCGCCGCUUCCCCUCCGAACACUUCCGUCAUUGCAUUGGAAUAUCUGCAGGAUUUCAUUUACUAUGCAUACACAUUUUACACCGGCCUUCUCGAAGAGCGCAAUUUGCAAGACUUCCGGAGCGGGUGGAUUCAAGCGCUCGGAGACCUCGCUCGGUAUCGCAUGGCAAUAUGCGGGCUAGUGGAGAGCAUUCAGAUGCAGAACGGCCCUCUCAUGGCUGCCACUCUGCCCCCGGCAUCCGCACCCACCACGACCGCGCAACUGGACACACUCCGUUCCGCGAGCAUAUCGGCAAACUCCGACCAUGCCGGCACAAAGCCUGUGUCGGCGACCCCUGCGGCGCGGAUCGACGACUCGCCGCCUUCGUCUCAUGUCGAGCAGGCGCUCCAGCAGGGCGUCCCGAGCGUCGGGCUUGCAGCCGCGCGUCUUAUGGAGCUCGAGCCUGAGAAGGAGCGGUGGCGACAAAUCGCGCGCGAUUGGUUCGCGCGUGGGCUCGCGCUCGCGCCCGGCACCGGCAAGCUCCAACACUACCUGGGAUUGCUCAGCAGGGAGAAGGAGGGUCCCGGAGAGGAGCUCCGCAGCGUGUACCACUUCGUGAAGAGCAUGAUCGCCAUCCAUCCAUUUACCACGUCGCGAGAGUCGAUCCUGCAGCUGUGGUCCCCUUCGGCGCAGAUGCGGCGCCAGGCGCCCGACGCCGACCUGACCGAGCUGUUCGUCCUGUUGCACGGGAUGUUGUUCACGAACAUCCAGCUGGACGACUUUCGGGUCGUCCUAGAUCGGUUUGAAGAGAAGCUAUAUAUUGAAGAGGGUGCUGUCGUGGAGGAGCGAGAUUGGAUCAUGAUGGCUACCGUGAACCUCGCCGUCAUCCUUGAAUAUGGCCGUCCCACCGCUGCCUUAAGGCGCGUCGCAGGCAUCGCGGGCGUCGGCAAGCCCGGCUCCAGCCCCGCUGUGUCGACUGCCCCCGCGGGCAAAGUCCGACUCAUGGCCAAGAGGACGGAGGAGGACGAGAAGACGAUGGACGUCGACGGCGACGAAGCGGACACGGAGGGCGACCCCAAGUCCAAUGGAAUGGUCGUUUCGCCGAUCGUACCAGAGCAAGCGGCACUCCCAGCUGGGCCCGAGCUCCCCCAGGGUCUGAAGUUGGGGAUGCAGCUUGCGUUCUCGAUCCUCGCCCACGCGCUCCAGAAGCCAAUGCGGCGGUCGUCGCCGUUCGCGCACUCCACGCUGAACCCCUACCUCACCAUCUUCCUCACGUUCCUCGCGACCGUCAUCAAGGACGGCCACGCGCUCUCGGUGCUCGAGCGGGCGAUCCCGUGGAACGACCUCGCCAAGUUUUUGAACAGCGCGCCGCGGCGUCUGAUGUUCCAGGAGUACCAGAAGGAGCGCGGCGACGGCCCGCCGCUGCUCACGAGCGGGUGCAAGCCGCUCCCCGAGGACUGGUGUCUGCGCGGGAUGGGCUGGGGCGGGAAGCGCGUGUACCCGAUGGGCUUCUGGGGGAAGGAGGCGGGCGCGGAGGAGCGGACGGUCGAGCUGGACGUGCUCGACAAGGUCGAGGGCGGCGACCAGCUCGACGGGAUCAUCGAGGACGGCGACGACGACGACUCGCACGCGGACGCGCAGCACAACGAGCUCGCGAAGCGCUGGGUGCGCGUCGCGCGUGCGGGGCUGAAGAUCGCGAAGCAUGUGCACGGCUUCGAGUACGUCCCCCCGGCGAACGAGGAGGGCCGCGGGCAGUGGAAGGUUGAGGGUGUGUUGGCGGCGAAGGUGGCGCGAUGGCGGGAGGAGGAGCGCCGGGAGCGCGAGGAGGAGGAGCGGCGGCUGCGGGGCCGGCGGUGGGACGAGGACCUGAUGGACGUAGACGAUGACGCGAGCCUGGACGCGGAGGCAUCGUCGGACGAUAGCGAGGAUGAUGAAGGGGACACGGCCGAGGUGAGGGCACUCAAGGCCCGACGUCGGUACCUGAAGGGCCUACUGCAGUCAUCACGCAGAGGAGGACCUUCUUUGUCAGCAUCGCGUCGUCGACCUCGCGGAUCGCGUCCCACCAGGCCAUCCAACGCGCGCUCGUCGCUGUGUAUGGUGGCCGGCUACACGAUCCUCGUUAUCGACACGAACAUACUGUUGUCAUCUCUAUCGAUGUUCUCCUCGCUCGUCGAGAGCCUCCGGUGGACGGUUGUCGUGCCGCUUCCAGUCAUCAUGGAGCUCGACGGCCUGGCGAACAACCCGACCCCUCUCGGCGACGCGGCGACGUCCGCGCUGAGCUUCAUCACGUCGCACAUUCGCUCCCACUCUGCCUCGCUGAAGGUGCAGACGUCCAGGGGCAACUACCUGUCGAACCUGAACGUCCGCACGGAGCAGGUAGAGCUGACUGGAGACGAGGCAUCCUGGGAGCGGAACAUGGACGACCUCAUCCUCCGCGCGGCCAUCUGGCAGGACGAACACUGGGCGGACAGGUCGGGCCUGCUCCAGUCCACAGACGCCCCGCGCGACACGGCCGGUGCGGCAAAGGUCGUCCUGCUCAGUUUCGAUCGGAUGUGUAAGUCGUCGCGCUCUCGCACGAAACGGUCGUGA